UAAAAGCACAAAAAGGGUAGCACGGGCAUUUGGCAACACUGCUCGAUCAAUUGAGACGAAAAAUGUUUACAAAAUGCAUUAAUUGUUGUGGCUCAAUAAUUAUUUACGUUUUAUUCGCAUGUCUGCUGGUCGAAAAUUGUGUUGCGUUGAAACGGACACUGCGCCACUACGAAGUUUUCCACAAAGAUGAUGUUGUGCACAGAAUUGUCAAGCGAGGUGCUAAACAAAGUAGUAACCCCUACAACACGAUUAAAGAGCUUGAGUUCAAGACGCUGGGCAAGAAUUUUCGUGUAAUUCUGCAUCCACAUCGCGAUGUGUUGCACAGCAAGUUCCGUGCCUACGCUGUGGAUGCGGAUGGCAAUGAGACUGUAGUGCACUUGGACCAUGACAACUUUUAUACGGGUCGCGUCUUUGGCGAACUGGAAUCCUCAGUGCGAGCUCACAUUGAGGAUGGCACACUGACCAUGUCCAUUGAACUGCCCGAAGAAACUUACCACAUUGAGCCUUCCUGGCGCCAUUUGCCCACAGCGAAGAAACAUACAAUGGUGGCCUACAAAACUUCCGAUGUUAAACUCAAUCAACAUGACGCACAAGGUAUUGUGCCCAAGACUUGUGGGUAUAUUAAAGAGGGACGCGAAUUGGAGAGCAAUGAUAUUGAUGGCAACGCUGAGCAUUUGGCCCGCGAGAAACGACAGGCGGAUCAAUAUGAAUAUACUCCGACCAAAACGCGUUGUCCGCUGCUGUUGGUCGCCGACUAUCGCUUCUUUCAGGAAAUGGGCGGUGGCAACACCAAGACAACCAUCAACUACUUAAUAAGUCUCAUUGAUCGCGUACAUAAGAUCUAUAAUGAUACCGUGUGGCAGGAUAGAUCCGAUCAGGAGGGCUUCAAAGGCAUGGGAUUUGUGAUCAAAAAGAUUGUGGUGCACUCGGAGCCAACCCGUCUGCGUGGUGGCGAAGCCCAUUACAAUAUGAUACGCGAGAAAUGGGAUGUGCGCAAUCUGCUUGAGGUCUUUUCACGGGAAUACAGUCAUAAAGACUUUUGUUUAGCUCAUCUCUUUACCGACCUCAAGUUCGAAGGUGGCAUUUUAGGCUUGGCUUACGUUGGGUCGCCACGCCGUAAUUCUGUGGGUGGCAUAUGCACACCAGAGUACUUCAAGAAUGGCUACACGCUCUACUUGAACUCCGGCUUGAGCAGCUCUCGCAAUCAUUAUGGACAGCGCGUCAUUACACGCGAAGCUGACCUGGUAACUGCUCAUGAGUUUGGACACAACUGGGGAUCGGAACAUGAUCCCGACAUACCUGAAUGCUCACCCAGUGCCUCCCAAGGUGGCAGCUUCUUGAUGUACACAUAUUCCGUUAGCGGCUAUGAUGUCAACAACAAGAAAUUUUCACCCUGUUCGCUGCGCUCCAUACGCAAAGUGCUGCAGGCGAAGUCUGGACGCUGCUUCUCGGAGCCCGAGGAAUCAUUCUGUGGCAAUCUGCGCGUCGAGGGCGACGAGCAAUGCGAUGCCGGUCUGCUGGGCACCGAGGACAAUGAUUCGUGUUGCGACAAGAACUGCAAGCUGCGACGCAAUCAGGGCGCCAUGUGCAGUGACAAGAACUCACCGUGCUGUCAGAACUGUCAGUUUAUGCCAGCGGCGAUGAAAUGUCGCGACGCUCAAUAUGCCACCUGUGAGCAGGAGGCACGUUGCACUGGCUCACAUGCCGAGUGCCCUAAAUCACCGGCCAUGGCCGAUGGCACCAUAUGCCAGGAGCGUGGCCAGUGUCGCAAUGGCAAAUGUGUGCCGUACUGUGAGACACAGGGAUUGCAGAGUUGCAUGUGCGACAUCAUUGCGGAUGCCUGCAAACGUUGCUGUCGCAUGAGCAUAAAUGAGACUUGCUUCCCCGUGGAACCGCCAGAUGUGCUACCCGAUGGCACACCGUGCAUCACGGGCUUUUGCAACAAGGGCGUCUGCGAGAAGACCAUACAGGAUGUGGUCGAGCGCUUUUGGGACAUCAUUGAAGAGAUCAAUGUAGCCAAGACACUACGUUUUCUCAAGGACAACAUAGUCAUGGCUGUGGUGAUGGUGACUGCAGUAUUUUGGAUUCCUGUAAGCUGCGCCAUCUCUUAUUUCGAUCGCAAGAAACUGCGCCAUGAGAUGAAACAAAUUGAGUGGAGUCAGAAAUUGGAUCUCAUACAUCCCAGUGACGAGAGACGUCGUGUCAUUCACAUACGCGUUCCACGCCAGAAGAUCUCGGUGGCGCGAUCUUGUAAUUAACAUAUAGAACGCUUGGUGGUCGCCGACAUUGUUUUAUCUUCCGUGAGCAUUCUUCUCAAAACUGCCACAAUUAUUUUACAUAUAUUAAGUAUAACAAAUUGACAUACAUAAUAAUGAAUAAAAUUCCCAAAUAA